AUGGCGCCUGUGCAAGCAAAUCGCAAUAGACAAUUUACAGACGACCGGGAGCCCCUUCGCAACAAUGACGCCCUGCAACUUAUUGACUCGAAAGUCAGAGGUCCAUUCAGCUUCUUGAACCCAACACAAGCAAGCUACAAACACAAGAUACACAUAUCGCCCAGUCGCGCCCAUCAUCGAAGCGCCUCGACGCCUCUCAGCACCACGGCAUCCGCCUUGUCAACUGACGCUUCCACACAACCCGCCGCGAAUGUCGAGUACAAAUGGACAGCUCGAGACAAUCGUAAAGGUCGACACACUCUCGUCAUAAAGGAUCCUUCUGUAGAACAUCCAGAGGCAAAUGUCACUGCGCCACGAAGCACUGCUCACUGGAGAUCUGUUCUGCAUACGAUAUGGUUGAUGCUAACGUUCUACCCUGUGUGGGAUAUAUCGUGGUGCGUGGCUUACAUCUUCACCCUCGGAAGUGUUCUCUGGGUGAUCAACGCGUUCUUUGCCUUCCUUCCUUUGAUUCGACCUUCAUCAGAGUUCCACAAUGAAGUUCUCGACGGCGGGGGCAUCACCGCUUUCAUAGGAGCCACCAUUUUUGAAGUCGGAAGUAUACUUCUGAUGUUGGAAGCCAUCAAUGAAAAUCGAGAAGGCUGCUUUGGGUUUGCAGUAGAGUCAGUGUAUGAGCACCACCUCAGUAGGAUGGAGGCUGGCAAUGGCAGUGGCUUAAAAAUCGUGCCUAGAGAUGACGCUUGCACCCACCAUCACCGUAACAAAGCCAACUUGGUGGGCAAACCACACCAGAUCCCGCUCGAAACACCCGUCUUCGACUCAGAAAAGCAACAGCCUGCCAAGACUGACUCGUGGGAUUGGUGGCCUUCUUGGAGCGACCUCAAAAGUCACUACUUCCAUGAGCUUGGGUUCAUCGCUAGCCUGAGCCAGUUGCUAGGUGCCACAGUUUUCUGGAUAAGUGGGUUUACAGCCCUUCCAGGAAUUCUCAAUGUUCUCUCGCCCGGCUUGAGCGACGGGAUCUACUGGACGCCUCAGGUCGUCGGUGGUACUGGCUUCAUCGUGUCAGGGUGGCUGUUCAUGAUCGAGACCCAGAAGCAUUGGUGGCAGCCUGCUCCAAGAGUCUUGGGAUGGCACAUUGGUCUCUGGAAUUUCAUAGGUGGCAUUGGUUUCACGCUGUGCCCCGCUUUUGGUUACGACCCCAGCAGUUGGGCGCAAUAUCAGGCAUCAUGUUCGACCUUCUGGGGGUCGUGGGCGUUCUUGAUCGGCAGUGUAAUCCAGUUGUACGAGUCUCUUGAAAAGACGCCUGUCAGGAAGGAAGGCUCUGCAUCAUAA